AUGGAUAAGAGGUAUGUUCUGCCCUCCCGCACAUACUUCAAUCAAGUUGCCAUCCCACAGCUCUACGCAGAAUGUAAUGCCAAAGUUGUAAAUGAGCUGGAAAACACGGAGUUUUAUGCGUCAACUACUGAUCUGUGGUCAAUCAGAACGACCGAGCCCUACAUGAGUUUGACCGUGCAUUUCGUCAACGCCAACUUCGAGUUGUGUAGCCGCUGCCUGCAGACAGCAUACUUCCCCACUGACCAUACCGGGGAGAAUAUUGCCAUGGGGCUGAAGGAGUGCUUGGCCAACUGGGGUCUAAAAGAAGAGGCCCAGACGUGCAUAACAACAGACAACGCUUCAAAUAUGGUCAAAGCAAUGGGACUUAACCAAUGGACCAGACUGCAGUGCUUUGGACACAGGCUGCAUCUUGCAAUUGAAAAUGCUGUCAAAGAUGAGCAAAGAAUCAAACGGGCCACAGGACUUUGCAAGCAGCUGGUUGCGGUCUUCACUCACAGCUGGAAGAAGAAGGCGGCACUAAAACAGGCACAGCAAGACUUGAACCUACCUCAACAGUCACUGGUCACUGAAUGUCCGACACGAUGGGGCUCCGGGCAGAAAAUGAUUGGGAGGGUGUUGGAGCAGAGCAAGGCACUGUGCCAGGUUCUGUCUGAAGACAGGAAGACGCGGCACCUGGUCCCCACUUGGCAAGACACAGAUGUCCUUGAAUCUGUAAACAAUGCCCUCGGUCCUCCUCAGGAGUUCAAAGACGCCCUCUCAGGUGAGGACUACGUAAGCGUGUCAUACCUGAAGCCAGUGCUCCAUCUCCUCAGAACAGCAACGCUUGCUGAAACUGACCAGGACACGAAUCUCACCAAGGAGAUCAAAUCAAGAGCUCUCCACUACAUUGAAGAGAAAUACAGCGACCCAGUGACACAGGAGCUCUUGGACAUCACAUCCUUCCUUGAUCCAAGAUUCAAGAAGAGCUACAUAAGUGAAGAGAAUGUCCCAUACAUCAAAGACAGAGUGAAGAUGGAAAUGGAACAGGUGGCACAAAAGUUGUGUGUCACAACCCAUCCCAUGCCCCUGAGUGCAGAAGAAGAACCACCAUCCACCUCUACAAAGCGAAAGCGGUCACUGGGCAGCUUUUUCAAGACCAAGGCGGUCCCUGCUUCCUCUACUGUGCAGUUGGAGGAUACCAUUAAAGCAGAACUGGACAACUACCUCAUAACUCCUACCAUUGAUGGAGAGCAAGAUCCACUGGCCUGGUGGAGAGUGCACAAUGUCAACUUCCCAUGGCUUAGCAAGUUGGCUCGUAAGUACCUUUGCAUACCAGCAACGAGUGCACCAUCAGAGAGACUGUUCAGUGCCAGUGGCAAUAUUGUCACAUGUCAGCGUGCAAGUCUGAAGCCAGCAAAGGUUGACAUGUUGGUUUUCUUGGCCAAAAAUCUGGGGAAGGGGAAGAUUUAUUGA